GGUGGUAGUAGCCUAGCUAACAUCCAUUUAAAAAAAAUGUGCUUAAUAAUUGUGCGUGGAUGAAAUCAUUACCGAGGUCAACAGUUUAAAACCAAUUUGGCGCAUGAUGUUAAACUUGUAUUUUUUUACUCGAUCAGAAAGAUUUUGGUCGAUUUCAAAUGCGCAUGAGGAUUAACCAUGCUAAAAACCAAUACAGAUCAAGCUACGACGCUAUUUUAAAAUUCCAGCUCCGUCGUCAUCUCUCAAGAUUGCAUUCUGCGACAUGAAGAGGCUUCAUAUUUUUUUGCUUUGUGCUACCGUCAGUUUGUGCAAAACACAAGAAGUCUGUGGAGGAGAGUGUGGUGCAGAAACUCUGAGCGAGCACGAUGCGGGUUUCUGUCACGGGGGAUUAGAGGUGAUUUACCCUGAGUUGAAGAUCAGCAUCUGUAGUAUCGUCCCAAGGGGACAGAGCCUGAGGGAUAAGAUCAGCAGGGAAUGGGGACCUCCUCGCGUGCGACUGACGCGUAUCGAAAAGGGGAAGAGGUAUGUUCUGAUGAUGGUGGACCCAGAUGCUCCAAGCCGCUGCAGUCCCACCCGUGCCCACUGGAGGCACUGGCUGGUCGCCGACAUCGCGGGAAGUGACCUGAAAAAAGGUGAUUUCAAAGGCUCGGUUCUGUCUGAAUAUCGCCGCCCAACCCCCCCAAGAAACUCUGGUCUCCAUCGGUACCAGUUUAUGUUGUUUGAGCAGCCGGCCGACGAGACCCUCCACCUCAGCCAGGAGGAGUCCUCCUCACUGGGGAACUGGGAUCCACAGGCCUUCAUCCAGAGGUUUGGUCUGGGGAGUCCACUGGCUGCUGUUCAAUUCCUCACGCAGAACCCCAAGGACUAGUGAAGGUACAACCUGGCUGACAUCGUCCACCGUGACCUCUGACCUAUGACUGGCACCCAAAGUCAGCAGGGUGCGACCACCCUACAUGUUUACCAGUGCAUGCCACCUAUACACCCAAUAAACAUGAACAGUUCCAUGGCAACACUUCAUGAGGAGGCAACUGCAUUCUGCUUUCUCAACUUCAUGGCAUUAUGUUACAUGGCGUACUUGUCUUUUCAUGAGGUUCCAAGAACAAUUGUGUUUGUAGAAUUUAUCUCGCAUGCUCUGGCUCUUCAGAAAAUGUUUAGGGGCAUGGAUCUGCAGAGGCGGUCCAUGACAUGCCUCUUGGCCUGUUACAGUGCUUGGAUCUUUGUCCCUUCAUUGACAUUAUGGUGCAGAUGUGAUGUGCUUUGCAUAUGCUUAAUGAAACUAUGCGGUUAUGAAUAUAAAAUAGCUUCAGUGCAUUACCCUCAGUGGAAUCAUAAAAAUAAGCCUUUGUCUGAGUGGUAUAUCAGUCUGUUGUAAUGUAUUGUUAAAUUGAGGUGUAAUUUCCCCUUUCAUUUCUUUGAGCCCCCCUUACUGUAUUUCUCAUUGAUGAGGAUUGAUAGUUACCUGUGUUUGGAGUUGAAUGUGUAUCAUAUCACUAUAGUGAAUAUUGCUAUUAAAGUAUGAUAUAUUACUAUA